CACAAAAAAAAAUCAUUACAGUAUUAUAAGUCAGUCGAAAAAUAGCCAAAAUUUUCUGAAUUUUCCAUGGCGUCGACGAGCUCUGUCACCGCUCAGAUUUCUAAUCUUCAAUGGAAGAAGCCUUUCCUUUCUUCGCUCUCACCCAGUAACUUAAGUUCAAGUGGAAAUUUAGCUGGCAAGGAGGUCUGUUCAUGGUCUUGUCGGCAGACACCUGGACAUAACUUAAGAUCUCUCCGUGUAAAUGGUCUAUUUGGGGGGAAGAAAGACAAUAACGAUAACAGUGAUGAUGCGCCUUCAAAGGCAGGAAUUCUUGGAAAUAUGCAGAAUCUUUAUGAGACGGUGAAAAAGGCACAAAUGGUCGUCCAAGUCGAGGCUGUGCGGGUGCAGAAAGAACUAGCUGCAGCAGAGUUUGAUGGUUAUUGUGAAGGUGAACUAAUUAAGGUAACAUUAUCUGGCAAUCAGCAACCAGUUCGGACAGAGAUCACUGAGGCUGCUAUGGAAUUAGGUCCAGAGAAACUUUCACUAUUAGUUACUGAGGCAUACAAAGAUGCACAUCAGAAGAGUGUUCAGGCCAUGAAAGAAAGAAUGGGUGAUCUUGCACAGAGCUUAGGAAUGCCACAAGGCCUAAGUGAGGGGUUGAAGUAAGAGUAUUCCUUACACUAGUAUCUGAGCUAAGCUUCAAUUUUGUAUACAUACCAGGCUGAAGUGAUAAUUUCUGCAGUGAUCUUAUCGUUUACAUUCAGUUUAAUUUAGUACUGGCUUAAAUUUUGAAAAGUUGAACUAUUUGGAACUUGUCAUCUUUUUUUUAUGUCGCCAAAAAAUACCUGGAUGUUGCACUGAUCAAUUCAACUGCUCGAUACAACUUUGAACCCCAUAGGAGAUGAAUGUUGGCUAUUUGGUUUCCGGAGAUUUAAAAAGAUAGUUUGUUUCCAUCAUUUUAGUGAUUCAUUGAUUGUUUAUAAAAGGAUUA